GCCAAAUUAAGGUUGCAACGUUGAUUUUCAUAUCUAUGUCAUAGCGUGACAACAUUGUCACACUCUGUCCCGGGUAUCCCGAGUCCGUUUCGUAAACUGUCUCUUCACAAAAUACUGCAUGGCACCGCAUCAACCAUGCGUUAAAUAUCAGUACGUCCUUACAUCUUCCACCCCGAAGAUAGUCCCGGUCCCAGACCAGGAACCCAAGGAUGAAGAAUCACCAGCUGAUUACAACACUGGCGGGUAUAUGGUCAUUAAGAUCGAUGACACAUUCAAAGAGGGUAGGUAUAUAGUAGCACGCAAGUUAGGCUGGGGCCAUUUUUCAACUGUCUGGCUUAUCAAGGAUACUCACGAGAAUCGCUACUCCGCUCUCAAAGUGGUCAAGUCUGCUACACGUUAUGCUGAGACUGCACGCGAUGAAAUCAAACUCUUAUCUCAGGUAGCUGCCGCAAAUCCGCACCAUCCUGGUCGACAACAUGUUGUCUCGUUCCUCGAUUCUUUUCAACAUCACUCUCCCCAGGACACUCACGUGUGCAUUGUAUUUGAGCCCCUUGGAGAGACGCUUCUCGCAUUAAUUCAACGCAACAAGAAGAAGGGUGUUCCAAAACCCCUUGUCAAGGUCAUCGCGAAGCAAGUGCUUCUCGGUCUUCAAUAUCUUCAUGAUGAAUGCGAUCUCGUUCACACUGACAUUAAACCUGAGAACAUUCUCAUUUCCAUACCAGAUGUUGAAGCUCGUAUCCACACCGAAUUGUCUAUUUCGCCAAAGCCAACGUCGUAUCAUGUAGGCGUUCCUCAGCCGACCAAGUCCCGUUCUGGCUUAACCAUUCCUUAUCGCCAUGUACCUACACACGAGAGAUGCGUACAAAUAUUUGAUUCACAGCCAUUAUCAAGUCCAUCGUCGAGAUCUGGAAGUAUCAGCGCUAACGCGAGUAGCCAUAGUUUCCAAAAGCAAUUUUCUGGGACAACUCCGAUCAGCGGCGCACCCGUCAGCCAGUUGCUCAGGAAGUCCGCUAGAGUGGACCCUACUACCAUCCUUCAUGACCCACCUUCCAGCAGCUCAUCCACUUCAUCUACCAUCUCCUCCACAUUAUCCACACCAGCGGCUUCUAACAGUGCUGUUAGUACGCCUCCUACCUCGGUGGAAAGUGCAGACAUACCCAUCCUGACGAAAAUGGCCUCGCUUACACUCAUGAAUGCUUCGCUGGAUGCCAAGGAAUGUGUCAUUGCCUCCGAGCAACACGUAUCUACUUCUCCCCUCAUCCAAUCGCACGCUUCGUCAGAGAUCCACCACAUCACUCCUGGGCCGUCGCUUUUGACACAGACUGCUCCGCAUCAAUCCUCCGCGCCGUCUCUUGACCGAACUCCGUUAUCUCCUUCUUCAGGGGUGCCCGUUCUAGGACCGCUAUCUACGCCGCUAUCUGCACCGCUAUCUGCACCGCUCUCUAUCAAGAUUGCCGAUCUAGGCAAUGCGACACCUUCUAAGCAGCAUUUUACGGAGGAUAUCCAGACACGGCAGUAUCGCGCUCCAGAGGCUAUCCUUGGACGACGCGACUGGGGCACAAGAGCUGACGUUUGGAGCGUUGCUUGCGUCGUUUUCGAGUUGUUGACUGCGGAAUAUCUGUUUGACCCUCACGGACAAGGCGAGAUGUUCACAAAGGACGAUGACCACAUGGCGCAGAUAAUUGAAUUGCUGGGUGAUUUCCCGCUAGACGCGAAGAUAGGAGGAAGAUAUAGUCGUGAAAUAUUUGAUCACGCAGGGUCACUCCGUUACAUCAAAACGUUGAGGCCGUGGCCUUUAAAUCGUGUCAUGACAGAGAAAUACCUGUUCUCUACCUCGGAAGCGGACAAUCUAUGCUCCUUCCUUGAACCUAUGCUUGCGGUCGAUCAAAGGGAGCGCAAGGAGGUUCGCGAUAUGAUUGAUCACCAUUGGCUAAAUGUGAAGGACGACGAGUGGGUAGGCGUCGACAGCUGGUAAUGAACCUGAUUUUUUUGAUGCUGUCAUUUUAUGGGGUUCCUGUGUCUUGGGGUAUCUGAAAUAUACACCCCGCCUUAACUUUUUUUUCGCCCUACUUUAACAGUGUUUAUUUCUUCAGAAUCCUCAUGGUUGCACGAUAGACAUCAGAAUGAUUGUUCACGAUUUAGAUGCAGACACCACUCAUUUUACACUUCGCGGUCCAUACAACGGUACAUAUGUAUUGCAUUUUCUCGAGCCAUAAAUAUAAAGUCUUGCAUAUGCACUCAUGCUUCCGU